GCGAUCAAACCGCACGCAAGCGAACCACAGCGUGCUCGCCAUCUCACUGACUGUGACGACGGCAACAAGCCAGUGAGCAGCUCGCCAUGGCAGCAGUGUCCACCGCGCCGGCGCUCGAAGGCCGCAUCGCGCUCGUCACCGGUGGCUCCCGGGGCAUCGGCCGCGAGGUGUCGUCCCACCUCGCCGCGCUCGGCGCGCGUGUCGUGGUCAACUACGCCACCAACCCGGCCAAGGCCGAGGAGCUCGUCGCGGAGCUCGCCUCGCGCGGCCUCCGCGCCGUGGCCGUGCGCGCGGACGUCUCCGACCCGGCCGCCGUGCGCGCGCUCUUCGACCGCGCCGAGGAGGCAUUCGGGUCCCCGCCCCACGUAGUGGUCGCCUGCGCGGGCAUCAUGGACGCCAAGUACCCCGCGCUGGCCGACACUGCCGUCGAGGACUUCGACGCCACGUUCGCGGUGAACACGCGCGGCAAGUUCCUGGUGUGCCGGGAGGCCGCCCGGCGCAUCCCCCCCAACAGCGGUGGGCGCAUCAUGACGUUCUCGUCCACGACGGUUGCCGUGCUGCCGCCGGGCUACGCGGCGUACGCUGCGUCCAACGCCGCUGUGGAGGCGAUGACGAGGGUCCUGGCCAAGGAGGUGGCGGCGAAGGGGAUCACGGCCAACGUGGUGGCGCCGGGCCCUGUGCGCACGGAGCUCUUCCUUGCCGGGAAGGAUGAGGCGUUCCUAGAGAGGAUAAAGAACUCCAUGGGUAUAGCCGAGACGACAGACAUAGCGCCCGUGGUGGCGUUCCUGGCGAGCGAGGCCUCGGGCUGGGUGAACGGGCAGGUUAUCAGGGUCAAUGGGGGCGUCGCAUGAGUGCGGCGUUGUUAUUAUUACCUCAUUAUCUGCCAUGGCUUUCCAAGGAUGUUGUUUUCCUGACGUGUCUAUCUACGUGACUGAAUGAAAAAGGUUGUACAUCUCGGGCUCCAUAGAAGUAGUUUUCAGUUGUACAUUUCUACGGUUCUUUGGGAGAAAUAUCGUAGCAAAGUAUUAUGCUCACAAUUUUCAGGCAGUCACCUUCGCCUAUUAUCAUCA